UGUUGCCACUAACAACUGUUGGAAACGGAAAAGGUCAACAUCUUGCAUACGUUUAUGCUUUAGGUGGAAAGGCGACUUGAGGUGUGUCGUUCAUAGUUUACAUAUUUAAACAAAUGCACUAAUUUUGUUGGUGACCAUUUUUAUUACAGGAUGCCGACUAAUCCAGAUGAACCAUACUACUGCUCCCAGCAAAUAAACAUUCCACCAGACCUUCCAGAUAUUUUGAAGCAGUUUACAAAAGCUGCAAUUAGAACACAACCAAAAGAUGUUCUUGCUUGGUCGGCAGCUUAUUUCCGAGCUAUGGCUAAAGGGGAAACACCACCAGUAAAAGAGAGACUUGAGAUGCCAGUAGCCACACAAAAAACGGACACUGGUCUCACUCCAGGACUUCUUCGUGUUCUUAACAGACAGCUUGGACCCAAGAAAGUGGUUCCUGUGAACAAGAUAGAAGUGAAAUGGCUAGAUCUUGCACUACCAAAGGAACAAUUUGAUGAUUUGAUUAGAAUAGGAAAUUUUUGUGGUGAUGUAGAAUGGAACAAAUUCUUUGCACUUGCAGCAUCAGCCCUAGGAGCGGACAUCACAGAUGCAAUGAAGGUAAUAUGUGAAAUUCUAACAGCUGAUGCAGAAGGGGGACCAGCCAGGAUAGCGUUCCGUCUGUUUACUGAUCUUUACUCAUACCUUGCACAAAUUGAUGGAGAAAUCUCACAGCAACAUGUCAGUGAUGUAAUUGGACAUCUUCAGUACGAAGUAGAUAAACAAGAUGGAUACGUAAUGCCAAGAAAUUUCCUCAGCCCAGAUUGUCCGCCACUUUCAGCAUGAGAAAUGAUCUUUUCCUGUGCUGAUCUUCAGCUUCUCUACCAUCUGGUGCUGAUCAGUUAGCAGCAGUGUGGCCGAUAUGUUGGAUCUGUUUUCUGUUACAAUACAUAAACAACAUGCUCAAAUGUUUCCAUUCAUAGGGUUCAGGAUGUAAAAGCAUAGGACUGAAAAUUGUGUGUUUCCAGUUUCACCUAUCCCUCCCUGAAAAAAAAGACAGUUUUGACGCAAUUUGACCUUAUUCUUGGGUCCUAGCUUCCAGUUGUAAUUCUCAGAUUAAAUCUGUAUGGUGGAUUUUUUAAUAUUCAGUUAUCAUCUUGUUAAUAAAGGAUCACCAUAAAGUGUUAUUUAAAAACAUUGAUAGUAAUGGUUUUACAUGUUAUAUUGUAAUGA